AUGACAGAACAGGAUGUUAGAGCAGCCAAUGAGGAUAACCAACAAAGGGCUAUUCGGGACUACAUAAGGCCGGUUGUCAAUGAUAACUAUUCCGGCAUCGCACGCCCAGCAAUUGCUGCAAACAAUUUCGAAUUGAAGUCAGGGUUGAUACAUAUGGUGCAGCAAAAUCAGUUUGGGGGUGCUGCAAUAGAAGACCCAAAUGCUCAUCUUGGAUCCUUUUUGGAAAUUUGUGAAACGGUGAAGAUGAAUGGGGUUACUGAAGAUACAAUUAGACUCCGCCUAUUCUCAUUCUCUUUAAGGGAUGAAGCAAAGGCUUGGUUCCAGUCACUACCGUAUGGCUCAAUUACAACUUGGGAUGAUUUGGCCCAGAAAUUCCUCACCAAGUACUUUCCACCUUCUAAAUCAGCUCAACUUCGUGGUGAAAUUAGCCAAUUCAAACAACUCGACUUCGAGCCAUUCUAUGAAGCCUGGGAAAGAUUUAAAGACUUGCUUAGGAGAUGUCCUCAACAUGGAUUCCAGAAAUGGGUACAAAUUGAGAUAUUUUAUAAUGGGCUAAAUGGGCAGACAAGGACUAUGGUAGAUGCAGCUGCGGGAGGCAUUUUAAUGGCUAAAACAGCAGAGGUUGCAUAUGCUUUAUUGGAUGAUAUAGCCACCAACAGUUACCAAUGUCCAAGUGAGAGAUCGGGUGUAAAGAAAGGAGCAGGACUUCAUAAAGUGGAUCCCAUCACCGCACUAGUUGCUCAGGUUGCAUCACUCACAAACCAGAUAGUCAUGCUUACCACUCAAGAAAAUCAACAGAAGGUAGAUUCAAUCAUGAGUACUUCUUCAUCACACCAAGAGACAGAGGUUGCAAAUGAGCAGGCCCAAUACGUCAACAGUAGAAACUACAAUCAAAGAGGAAGCUACCAAGCUAAUCACUAUCAUCCAGGGCUGAGGAAUCAUGAGAACUUGUCAUAUGGCAACAAUAGAAACACACUUCAACCUCCACUCGUAUUCAACACUCAGAAUUCUGAUGGGAAACCACCAUUGGAAGACAUCCUUGAGAAGUUCAUUUCUGAGAUAAGAUCACGCUUCAACAAAGAUGAAUCACGGUUAGAUAAUAUUGAAACACAUGUGUCCAACAUGGGAGCCACAAUCAAGAAUCUUGAAGUGCAAAUUGGUCAAUUAGCUACCUCAAUGAAGUCUUAG